GGAGUGGAGGGCGUGUGCGCGCGCGUGUGCCGGGGCCGGGGGGCCCGGCCGCCAUAUUGGAUCCGGACUCGUCCGCAAGCCUCCGCCUGUGUGCGGCGGGACUGGAGGAGCCUCGCGGAGCCCAGGGCGCGAGCGCGAGAGGAGAGGGAAGGCGGGGGAGGGCUGGAAGGGAGAGGAAGGGAGUGGUUGGGAGCCGGGCUGCCGCAGCCUCUGGUCUCCUCAGCCGCGGAAGCGACCCCUCCUCCUGCGCCUCGGCCGCCUCCCUCCUCGCUGAGGAAAGAUGCCCUUAGCCCAGGGGUGUGAAGAAGGGGGAGAAGUAGCUGCCAGAGCCGCCCGCGCCGCCGCCGCAGCUGCUGCCGCUUGUGUCCUUUGAAUUCAGAGAAGCACCCCCCACCCCCGCCUGGGGUGUCGGGAGCCUCCGGCGCGGCGGCCGCGGUGCGGGUGUGGGGGAGACCGGGCUCUCCGCCCGGCGCGGCGCUGCUCGGCCCACGAGCGACCACCGACAUGGAGUGGGCUCGGGCGGCCAAGUAGCCGCUUCUCCGGAGCCCGGUGCCAGUGCCGCCCGCAGCCCGCCUUCCACCCCCGGCCGCGCCGCCGGUCAGGCCCUAGGGUGAAGCCGGGAGGAAAAUGAAGAGUUUUCACCGGAAUCCGUUGAAAAUAGGACUGACUGCAAAGCCUUAAAAAAGAAGGACCUAGGGAGCAGAAACGAAAAGCCACCUCCGGGCAAGACUUGGCGUGCUCCGAGCCGAGGGGCUGCUUCAGGGACCUCGCCCCCUCCCUUUCCCGCUGGAGGAAUUGCCGCUGAUGCAUUAUCCAAGUGGUGGUUGGGAGGAUUUGCAGCAACAUUUUUGGUUUUCCCUCCCCCUUCUAUGCAUUCUGUUUUUUUCCUCCCUUUUCUGUUUUUCUUCUUCCCGGGAAGUGAAUUGCUGAUGCAAAUCGGACUUUACUCAUUAAUGAUGCAACCGGAUUCGUUUCAGGAUUACGUUGCACGAGUUGAAUUUUGAAUGAAGGAGAAGAGUUUUUUGUGUGUUUUUUUUAAGAAGUGUUGACUCUCUAGUUCGUUGUACUUUUAAUUAUUAUUUUAUUUAAAUAUACGACUUAAUUGUAUUCUUUUAAAAAUGCAUUAAGUAUAUAUUUUAUGGUAAUUUACCCUCAAAAUAUAUGUAUAUGGAUGAAAUUGAAGACGCUUCAGUUAAGUGAGGUUACUGGUGUGUUGGAUGUUUAAUUCAGCACCAGCAUUGCAUGACAGUUGUUUGAAUAACAAGUGGUUUAUUUUUAAAACCAUACCUUUUAAAAUUUAGGUUCAGAUAAUAGUAAAAGUCAUCAUAAUAAUUUAAAGGAAAACCAGCAGAAAUCGAAGCAAACAUGUCUGGAGAAGUGCGUUUGAGGCAGUUGGAGCAGUUUAUUUUGGACGGGCCCGCUCAGACCAAUGGGCAGUGCUUCAGUGUGGAGACGUUACUGGAUAUACUCAUCUGCCUUUAUGAUGAAUGCAAUAAUUCUCCAUUGAGAAGAGAGAAGAACAUUCUCGAAUACCUAGAAUGGGCUAAACCAUUUACUUCUAAAGUGAAACAAAUGCGAUUACAUAGAGAAGACUUUGAAAUAUUAAAGGUGAUUGGUCGAGGAGCUUUUGGGGAGGUUGCUGUAGUAAAACUAAAAAAUGCAGAUAAAGUAUUUGCCAUGAAAAUAUUGAAUAAAUGGGAAAUGUUGAAAAGAGCUGAGACAGCAUGUUUUCGUGAAGAAAGGGAUGUAUUAGUGAAUGGAGACAAUAAAUGGAUUACAACCUUACACUAUGCUUUCCAGGAUGACAAUAACUUAUACCUGGUUAUGGAUUAUUAUGUUGGUGGGGAUUUGCUUACUCUGCUCAGCAAAUUUGAAGAUAGAUUGCCUGAAGAUAUGGCUCGAUUUUACUUGGCUGAGAUGGUGAUAGCAAUUGACUCAGUUCAUCAGCUACAUUAUGUACACAGAGACAUUAAACCUGACAAUAUACUGAUGGAUAUGAAUGGACAUAUUCGGUUAGCAGAUUUUGGUUCUUGUCUGAAGCUGAUGGAAGAUGGAACGGUUCAGUCCUCAGUGGCUGUAGGAACCCCAGAUUAUAUCUCUCCUGAAAUCCUUCAAGCCAUGGAAGAUGGAAAAGGCAGAUAUGGACCUGAAUGUGACUGGUGGUCUUUGGGGGUCUGUAUGUAUGAAAUGCUUUACGGAGAAACACCAUUUUAUGCAGAAUCUCUGGUGGAGACAUAUGGAAAAAUCAUGAAUCACAAAGAGAGGUUUCAGUUUCCAGCCCAAGUGACUGAUGUGUCUGAAAAUGCUAAGGAUCUUAUUCGAAGGCUCAUUUGUAGCAGAGAACAUCGACUUGGUCAAAAUGGAAUAGAAGACUUUAAGAAACACCCAUUUUUCAGUGGAAUUGAUUGGGAUAAUAUUCGGAACUGUGAAGCACCUUAUAUUCCAGAAGUUAGUAGCCCAACAGAUACAUCGAAUUUUGAUGUAGAUGAUGAUUGUUUAAAAAAUUCUGAAACGAUGCCCCCACCAACACAUACUGCAUUUUCUGGCCACCAUCUGCCAUUUGUUGGUUUUACAUAUACUAGUAGCUGUGUACUUUCUGAUCGGAGCUGUUUAAGAGUUACGGCUGGUCCCACCUCACUGGAUCUUGAUGUUAAUGUUCAGAGGACUCUAGACAACAACUUAGCAACUGAAGCUUAUGAAAGAAGAAUUAAGCGCCUUGAGCAAGAAAAACUUGAACUCAGUAGAAAACUUCAAGAGUCAACACAGACUGUCCAAGCUCUGCAGUAUUCAACUGCUGAUGGUCCACUAACAGCAAGCAAAGAUUUAGAAAUAAAAAACUUAAAAGAAGAAAUUGAAAAACUAAGGAAACAAGUAACAGAAUCAAGUCAUUUGGAACAGCAACUUGAAGAAGCUAAUGCUGUGAGGCAAGAACUAGAUGAUGCUUUUAGACAAAUCAAGGCUUAUGAAAAACAAAUCAAAACGUUACAACAAGAAAGAGAAGAUCUAAAUAAGGAACUAGUCCAGGCUAGUGAGCGAUUAAAAAACCAAUCCAAAGAGCUGAAAGACGCACACUGUCAGAGGAAACUGGCCAUGCAGGAAUUCAUGGAGAUCAAUGAGCGGCUAACAGAAUUGCACACCCAAAAACAGAAACUUGCUCGCCAUGUCCGAGAUAAGGAAGAAGAGGUGGACCUAGUGAUGCAAAAAGUUGAAAGCUUAAGGCAAGAACUGCGCAGAACAGAAAGAGCCAAAAAAGAGCUGGAAGUUCAUACAGAAGCUCUAGCUGCUGAAGCAUCUAAAGACAGGAAACUACGUGAACAGAGUGAGCACUAUUCUAAGCAACUGGAAAAUGAAUUGGAGGGACUGAAGCAAAAACAAAUUAGUUACUCACCAGGAGUAUGCAGCAUAGAACAUCAGCAAGAGAUAACCAAACUAAAGACUGAUUUGGAAAAGAAAAGUAUCUUUUAUGAAGAAGAAUUAUCUAAAAGAGAAGGAAUACAUGCAAAUGAAAUAAAAAAUCUUAAGAAAGAAUUGCAUGAUUCAGAAGGUCAGCAACUUGCUCUCAACAAAGAAAUUAUGAUUUUAAAAGACAAAUUGGAAAAAACCAGAAGAGAAAGUCAAAGUGAAAGGGAAGAAUUUGAAAGUGAGUUCAAACAACAGUAUGAACGAGAAAAAGUGUUGUUAACUGAAGAAAAUAAAAAGCUGACGAGUGAACUUGAUAAGCUUACUACUUUGUAUGAGAACUUAAGUAUACACAACCAGCAGUUAGAAGAAGAGGUUAAAGAUCUAGCAGACAAGAAAGAAUCAGUUGCACAUUGGGAAGCCCAAAUCACAGAAAUAAUUCAGUGGGUCAGCGAUGAAAAGGAUGCACGAGGGUAUCUUCAGGCCUUAGCUUCUAAAAUGACUGAAGAAUUGGAGGCAUUAAGAAAUUCCAGCUUGGGUACACGAGCAACAGAUAUGCCCUGGAAAAUGCGUCGUUUUGCGAAACUGGAUAUGUCAGCUAGACUGGAGUUGCAGUCGGCUCUGGAUGCAGAAAUAAGAGCCAAACAGGCCAUCCAAGAAGAGUUGAAUAAAGUUAAAGCGUCUAAUAUCAUAACAGAAUGUAAACUAAAAGAUUCAGAGAAGAAGAACUUGGAACUACUCUCAGAAAUCGAACAGCUGAUAAAGGACACUGAAGAGCUUAGAUCUGAAAAGGGUAUAGAGCACCAAGACUCACAGCAUUCUUUCUUGGCAUUUUUGAAUACGCCUACCGAUGCUCUGGAUCAAUUUGAAGAUUCCUUUUCUUCUUCCUCAUCUUCACUGAUUGAUUUUUUGGAUGACCGCUCUCCAUCCUGUACUCCAGCUAGCAAAGGCAGACGUACUGAUCCCGUUGAGAACACAUAUGUAUGGAACCCGAGCGUCAAGUUUCACAUCCAGUCACGGUCCACAUCUCCUUCCACAUCUAGUGAAGCUGAGCCAGUUAAGACUGUAGACUCCACUCCACUUUCAGUUCACACACCAACCUUAAGGAAAAAAGGAUGUCCUGGUUCAACUGGCUUUCCACCUAAGCGCAAGACUCACCAGUUUUUUGUAAAAUCUUUUACUACUCCUACCAAGUGUCAUCAGUGUACCUCCUUGAUGGUGGGUUUAAUAAGACAGGGCUGUUCAUGUGAAGUGUGUGGAUUCUCAUGCCAUAUAACUUGUGUAAACAAAGCUCCAACCACUUGUCCAGUUCCUCCUGAACAAACAAAAGGUCCCCUGGGUAUAGAUCCUCAGAAAGGAAUAGGAACAGCAUAUGAAGGUCAUGUCAGGAUUCCUAAGCCAGCUGGAGUGAAGAAAGGGUGGCAGAGAGCACUGGCUAUAGUGUGUGACUUCAAACUCUUUCUGUAUGAUAUUGCUGAAGGAAAAGCAUCUCAGCCCAGUGUUGUCAUUAGUCAAGUGAUUGACAUGAGGGAUGAAGAAUUUUCUGUGAGUUCAGUCUUGGCUUCUGAUGUUAUCCAUGCAAGUCGGAAAGAUAUACCCUGUAUAUUUAGGGUCACAGCUUCCCAGCUCUCAGCAUCUAAUAACAAAUGUUCAAUCCUGAUGCUAGCAGACAGUGAAAAUGAGAAGAGUAAGUGGGUGGGAGUGCUGAGUGAAUUGCACAAGAUUUUGAAGAAAAACAAAUUCAGAGACCGCUCAGUCUAUGUUCCCAAAGAGGCUUAUGACAGCACUCUACCCCUCAUUAAAACAACCCAGGCAGCCGCAAUCAUAGAUCAUGAAAGAAUUGCUUUGGGAAACGAAGAAGGGUUAUUUGUUGUACAUGUCACCAAAGAUGAAAUUAUUAGAGUUGGUGACAAUAAGAAGAUUCAUCAGAUUGAACUCAUUCCAAAUGAUCAGCUUGUUGCUGUGAUCUCAGGACGAAAUCGUCAUGUACGACUUUUUCCUAUGUCAGCAUUGGAUGGGCGAGAGACCGAUUUUUACAAGCUGGCAGAAACUAAAGGGUGUCAAACCAUAACUUCUGGAAAGGUGCGCCAUGGAGCUCUCACUUGCCUGUGUGUGGCUAUGAAAAGGCAGGUCCUCUGUUAUGAACUAUUUCAGAGCAAGACCCGUCACAGAAAAUUUAAGGAAAUUCAAGUCCCAUAUAAUGUCCAGUGGAUGGCAAUCUUCAGUGAACAACUCUGUGUGGGAUUCCAGUCAGGAUUUCUAAGAUACCCCUUGAAUGGAGAAGGAAGUCCAUACAGUAUGCUCCAUUCAAAUGACCAUACACUAUCAUUUAUUGCACAUCAACCAAUGGAUGCUAUCUGCGCAGUUGAGAUCUCCAGUAAAGAAUAUCUGCUGUGUUUUAACAGCAUUGGGAUAUACACUGACUGCCAGGGCCGAAGAUCUAGACAACAGGAAUUGAUGUGGCCAGCAAAUCCUUCCUCUUGUUGUUACAAUGCACCAUAUCUCUCGGUGUACAGUGAAAAUGCAGUUGAUAUCUUUGAUGUGAACUCCAUGGAAUGGAUUCAGACUCUUCCUCUCAAAAAGGUUCGACCCUUAAACAAUGAAGGAUCAUUAAACCUUUUAGGGUUGGAGACCAUUAGAUUAAUAUAUUUCAAAAAUAAGAUGGCAGAAGGGGACGAACUGGUAGUUCCUGAAACAUCAGAUAAUAGUCGGAAACAAAUGGUUAGAAAUAUUAACAAUAAGCGGCGUUAUUCCUUCAGAGUCCCAGAAGAGGAAAGGAUGCAGCAGAGGAGGGAAAUGCUACGAGAUCCAGAAAUGAGAAAUAAAUUAAUUUCUAAUCCAACUAAUUUUAACCACAUAGCACACAUGGGUCCUGGAGAUGGAAUACAGAUCCUGAAAGACCUGCCCAUGCCAGGUUUCCCUUAUCCAUCCCCUCAUCAUCACUCCGGUCUGAUCUCCUCUCCGAUCAACUUUGAACACAUCUAUCACAUGACUGUUAAUUCUGCUGAAAAAUUUCUCUCUCCUGAUUCCAUAAACCCUGAAUAUUCCCCGUCUCUACGCUCUGUCCCUGGUACACCAAGCUUUAUGACUCUGAGGAACCCUCGGCCUCAGGAAAGUCGGACAGUAUUCAGUGGCUCAGUCAGUAUUCCAUCUAUCACCAAAUCCCGCCCUGAGCCAGGCCGCUCCAUGAGUGCUAGCAGUGGCUUGUCAGCAAGGUCAUCCGCACAGAAUGGCAGCGCAUUAAAGAGGGAAUUCUCUGGAGGAAGCUACAGUGCCAAGCGGCAGCCCAUGCCCUCCCCAUCAGAGGGCUCUUUGUCAUCCGGAGGCAUGGACCAAGGAAGUGAUGCCCCAGCGAGGGACUUUGAUGGAGAGGACUCUGACUCUCCAAGGCAUUCCACAGCUUCCAACAGUUCCAACCUAAGCAGCCCCCCAAGCCCAGUUUCACCCCGAAAGACCAAGAGCCUCUCCCUGGAGAGCACUGACCGCGGGAGCUGGGACCCGUGAGCUGCCUCAGCAUGGGGACCUCUCGCUCUCCGCUCCCUGCCACUCGCCUCCUCUCACUUUCAUCUCUUCCCUCCACCUCGGCCUGAAAGCCACCAGGGGCUGGCAGCAGUAGCAGGACGGGGAUUCAGGAGUUCUGACGACACAACUCUCAGAUCCACGCCCCCAGCCUAACAGCAACAACAAAGACAGACUUUCCGUAGCAGCUUAGAUUAACGUUGAUUUCGUUCCAUGCACUUAGAGUUGCUUUCAGUAACAUUUUACCCCUACUCCCAAAGGUAGCUUAAAUAGACAGAUUACACAAAUGUAAGUGAUAAGAAUAAGAUUAGACAGAUUUUGCUUUCACAGUAGAGUCUCAUUAUAGUCCUAAAAUAGCUCAUGGGCUUCUCCGCAUCCAGAAGGGAGAAUCCGUCCCUGGAGUGGCUCACUAAGCUCUUAAUCAGCAACCACAGUGAGUAUCAACCUGAUUGUUGCCAGGAAAUCCUUAUGAAUUAAAACAAUGCAUAUUUUACUACAGUACAGAGUUUAAAUGAAUACAUAAAUGUAGAAGUACUGAAUGUAUAUAUUUAAAAGGAGCCUCUUGUAUUCAACAAAAGAUGGAUGCAUAUAUAAGAGAGAUGAUUUAAUUUAAAGAAAUAUGUUGUUUCUUUUCUGUUUCCCAGCUAAGUAAUGUAAAGGGUGGAAAGGCCUCAAGCUCACAUUUUUAGAGGGAGAGCGAGAGAAAUCAGUUCCCUUUAUUGCCCUGUCCUCAAACUGGUCAUAGGCUCUAGUCACCUGGGGAGCUUUAGAAAACAUUUGCAGACCCUGGUUUUGCUGGUUUGGGGUGUGCCCUGGGCACCAGAGCUUUAACAUUUGAAACCACUUCAGCAGCAGCAGCAAAAGGCAAACUCAUCUCUACCCAAGAUGUUUCUUUUCCUAGUGGAAUUUGAACACUUCUCACUUUUUAUUGUAUUUUAUCUUCUGCAGAUAAAUGUAGAAAUACACGAUUCUGUCACCUCUGAUCCCUUCCAUCUGAAAGGGUACAAGGAGUGUUGUAGCUUCUGAAGGUGCAGAAAACGAUUUCUAAAAAUGCUUUUAUUCCUGGGCUAAUCCUGUCCCCUCCCUAAGUCACAGUGAGGAGUCCGUCCCAGGGCUGGAGACGCUUCCCAAGGAGGAGUCUGUUUUGUUGAGAGUGGGCGUGAGCUUCUUCAGAUAAGCCUGGGGAAGGAAGAAAAAAAGGCUUUCAUUACCAAACAAUGUAAAACCUCAACAGCAAGGGCUUGAACAGCCUUAACCAAAUAUUAUUCCCCAUAGCCAGUGGAAAAUGGAUGUGACAACCCCAGUGCGCAGGCCAGAGUGAGCCCAGCACGGCGCUCGGACUGGCUUCCGCUCUCAGGUGCUGGAUUGUGGGGUUAGUGGCAUUUCCAGCUGGAUUCCUCCUGUUGUAGUUGCCAUAAGGAAAUGAGAUGCAGAAUCAGAAGGAUCUAUUUCUACAGAAUUGUUCACCAGUUAAGCACAUGAGUAGAGAAAGAGAUAAAAAUAAAAGUAUCUCAUGAAGGAAAGAGAUUUUGCCUCUCUUUUACUUUUCACCUAAGUUUCUCUGAGAAAUAGAGACAGGAUUCUCUCUUUAAAAUUCAGUGAAAAUGAAGAAAGUUUUCCUGCAGUUGCUAACCUGAGUUGCAGUGUUUAAGGCCAUCAUUUCACUGCUGCUGUCUGUGACUCCACCUCUGUGUCACUGGCAGCAGCCCGUGCUGGCCUGCGGCAUGUGCAGGGAGCUGAGGCUGUUUCCAGGUGAUGCUGCUGUGUGGAGAAGGUUCUGAGAUGCAGUGAGGGAAGAAAGGAUCCUGCUGGGGAUUCCAUUGUAAGCGCCUAUAAUCGGGAAUUUUCAUAUAACAGCUUUGACAUUUAAACAUUCUGAGUUUGGUGCCGGCUCAGAUUUGAUUAUAUUUUAUUUUGGAUGGGUGUAAUUCACAGCACAGUUCUAAUCUCCCACAUCUUUCUGCUUUUUAGAAUGAAGUAUAAAAAUACUUUUGUCACCUGAAUACCAAGGGUCGGCCCUUUAGUUGGAUCAUUGUCAUAUGACUUGGUAGAUCCUUGUCCUCAGCAGUUCACGUGAGAGAAGGGAGUCAGCUAGCAGGCCCCCUGCCUGGUGCUCGUGACCAGCUCGCACCCCUUCUGUCCACCUUCCUCUCCUCUCCUCCCCACUCUCCCCACCCUCCUCUCCUCUCCUCCUCACUCUCCCCCCACCCUCCCCUCCUCUCCUCCUCACUCUCCCCACCCCCCCCCCGCCUUCCUCUUCUUCCCUUUCCCCUUGCCUUCUCCUCUCUCCCUUCUCUUCUCAGGCAGGGAGGAGGCCAUCCCAAGCCGAGAUUAACAGGACUUGACAUAAGCCAUUAGUUUGUAGCUUUGACAAGUAAUUAUGAAUUUUUGUUGCCUAUAGGUGCUUAUUUUCCAAAGGAUGCUUUUAGGAUCAAAAUAAUAACCCUACCUAAAGUCUAGGCUCCACUGCAAUGGGUCAUACUCUUCAGCCUCCCAACAGGGCAGAUGAGAGAGAGCUACUGAGGCUUGUCUUGGUUGCCAGGCUAACUGGACGGCUUCUCCAUAUUCACCCCAUGGAUUGCACCAUGGCGCUCUUUGAUUUUUCCACUGCAAUGGCAAGUAAUCUCAUCAGUCAUAAUAGAGCAGUCCCGGAUGUGUGCAGAUUCUAAAAGCAGGGCUUUAGGGGUAAUAGUUUUGGGGAGGGUUUUCCCAAAAUAACGGUCAUCCUCCUGGGUUUAUCCCACCCUUAAAUAUGAAGCCUGUUACCUCCAGAAGCUUCUGAGAAGAAUGAUGUGAAAAGACAGGGAGAGGGUUCCAGGGAAAGAAAACAUUAUGACCAUUCAGAGGAGUCAGUAGCAAAGUUCACAGAUGAAGUAUUUUAUUACUAUCUGAAGUUAUCUUUUGUUUUCAUGCAGGACAUUUUAAAAAUGUGUAUGGCAGCAGAAACUUGUUUCUCAAUAGAAAAAAUACAUUCAGAGGCAUUUCUGGGAUAGUCUAUCUGCGUUAGUAUUUGGUGCUAUCUAUGUCCAGCCAAGUUAUCUACCCUCGAAUUCUGACUAAUCAUGUUUUGUGCUUUGGGUAUUUAAAAUUACAUACAUAUAUAUUAUUUCUUUUUGCCAAAAACAAAAGUCUUGCUCCUUGUCAAAUGAUCGCUAAAGUAGAUCUUACAUUUUUUGUUAUUAUGUAUGUAUUUAUACACACCCCCAACACACUUAGUGAUUUCUGUUAUUUCCUAGGGAGCACAGCUUUAAGGCUAUGAGAUACAACUAAAAGGAGCCCAUCUAUUUGGUUUUCCAGCCAAUUAUUGUACCCACACUUCAGGGGAGAAUCUGAAAUUCCUGUCAUGUUUACAGCAACAAUCUAUCAUUCCUGGCUGGCUGUCAGUCUCUCUCCUUCCAUAGGUUAGAAUUAUGUCAUUUUGUUACUUAGUGGCCACAUCUAUUUCUGAGAAAGACUGGUUACAUUUAUGUGGCAUCUCAGGUAUCAUUAAGGAAAAGCCAGAGCAGGGGUGAGCAGAGGUCAAAACCACAGACGCAGCAGGGCCAUUUGCCGCCUUUGGCCGGGAUCACAACCACUGCAGUCUCCCAGCAGGUGGGCCUUGCCAAGCCUAAGGCUCCCCAUCCAGUCUAGACAGAGGGGCGCUCAGAGCAGACUUUGCCGUAGCCCAUGUCUGGUGAGCACAACAGGGAAUGAAUUGGGCACUCCACUUCCCCUCUCUCUGGCCCAGCCCUGAACUAGAUGAGCUGCAUUUCAUGGAGCCCAUUUUAAAACCUCUUUCCUUAUGACUUUAAUUGUUAGUCAAGUCCAGAGUUCUCUGUGCACUUCUUCUAGAUAAGGAGUGCAAGCCCCGCCCCCCAGCACUGGCAGCACGCUGGGCCCUUCCCACACAGGACACCAUGCAGUUCCGGGGGAAGCUGACUCAAAUCAACCUUGAAAUCUCAUGAAAACAAAAUGACUUGCCUUUUUAUUUGAUAGUGUAAUAUCAUUCAUUUUAUAAAUUUUUUAGGGUUUUUCUCGUUGUAAUAUUGUACAGUUUUGCAUGGCCUGAUGUGAUCAUUUUUUGGUUAGAAUAUAAUGCUGACAAAUGUGUAUGGAGGGGAAGAUACUGCUUUAGCCUAUCACUCCUUAUUUUAUUUUGUUUGGUUUUAUGCCCUCAGUGUCCUAGGGAACUUUAUAAGAGAUCCUCUGCUACCAAACAAUGAUGUGGAUUCUUUUGCACAGAAAUAUUUAAGGUGGGAUAGUAAAAAAUGUCACAAAAGACUCCUCACCAAUAUUUUAUGUUGAUAUCACUUAAUAUUAACCAGACUUUGCUGUAUUGCAAUAAACAGAGAACUGUUA